CGUGAAGAAUUGAAGAAAUAUCUACAUAAAAAAUUACUGAAAACCACAUUGUUUUAGUUCAAGUUCUUAAAAUGUAUAAUCGAUCAACGAAAUUCGAGAGAAGAUCAGUUAAAAAGCGUAAAUCAUGGUCAUCGUACUUCGGUAGUUACAUAUCGUUAAUAAGCCCGACUGCUUCCAUCAAUCGUUUUUUGGGAUUUUUACCAUACAAACUCGAAUCAUCGAAACUCGUAUACUCGAAAUCAUACUCCAUUUUCUCUACAAUCUCCAUCAUUAUUUAUUUGACCUGCGCAUCUUUCGGCCUGUACGAAGUAAACGUUGUUUUAGAGAAUUUGUUGACAGUGACAACUAAAUUGCAUAUAAAUUUUAUAUUAUGCUGUGGUCUCAUGAUUUUCAUUACGAAUUAUAUUAAAAGUAGGUCAAUGAUCCCAGUGAUGAAUCACGUCUCGAACGUUUCUCGUAUACUGUCUUCAGAAAUUUUUUGUGGAGUGGCUACAAGAAUUCUGAUAAAAGAUACUCUGUUCCUGAUGCCACUAGUGAGCCACAUCCCACAAGUCAUCUACACAAAUUAUAUUUAUAGUUACAUCUGUUGGUAUACUUCUUUCGGUGUUGUCAUACUGACUAACUUGUACACGAACAACGUGUAUGUGCUAAAUGCCUGUUUUAAACAUAUAAAUGAUUCUUUAAUGAAAAUGAAGGUAAUUCUAGUCAAUGAUGAACCUCAUCUACUCAGAAGAGUCUAUCACAUGCAGAAGAAUCCUAUAUUGUUGACGAAACUGAGGGCUCUUAAAAAGCAACAUCUAGAGACGAGCGAAGUCGUUCAGCUACUGAAUAACACGUGUAGCAUGCAGAUCGAAGCCAUGGUCACACUAAUGUUCAUCGAUAUUACAUUCAAUAUGUACAAAUAUUUAAUCUUGUUCAACGAAAUAGGCAAGAUGAGAUCGUUCUCUUUUGCUCUUAUGUUCACAAUUCUUUACAUCGUACACAUAAUUAUAACAGUUUCGAUAGUUGAAACUACCAGAAGCCAAAUGGCAAAAAUUGGCUCCAGCCUUCAUCGAAUUCUUGUACAUACUUUCGACGAGCAAGUGACGACGGAGUUGGAGUUGUUUUCGUUGCAAGUGCUACAAAAGGGUAACGCGUUCGUGAUGAAGGGGCUCGUAAUAGAUGCAACCCUUUUGGCAAAGAUGGCGUGCGGCAUUACCACUUUUUUGUUAAUAUUAAUACAAUUCUUAUUCGUCGAAUCUUGUUGAAGAAAAACUUCUGG